AUCAAAAUGGAUCCCUUUCUGAAGCUUUUCAGUGCCAUGUGGCUGCUUGGGACAGUACUGAGCCAAGAUAUGCAAUAUGAAGAACUGAUGGCCCAAAUCCGAGCAUGCCCUCAAGAAUGCCGCUGCCCUUCCAACUUCCCUCGUGCAGUCUACUGUGACAACAAAGGUCUGAAGAGCAUCCCCCAAAUUCCUCCGCUCACUUGGUACCUGUACCUACAGAACAAUCAAAUUCAAGUGGUCUCAGCAGACGCCCUGCGCAACGCUACCCAGCUGCGUUGGGUGAACCUGAGUCGCAACAAAAUCACCAGCGAGGGAGUGGAAAAAGGAACCCUGGAAGCAAUGUCACGCCUGGAACACCUCUACAUGGAUGACAACCUUUUGUCCUGGGUGCCGUUUCCUCUCCCGGCCAGUCUUGAGCACCUAAGUCUCUCUCGCAAUCGGAUCUCCAAGAUUCCUGACGGAGUCUUCUUCGGCCUGGAUAAAUUGACCCUCUUAGAUCUGCAGGGGAAUAAGCUGAUGGAUGACGCCGUGACCGAGGUGAGCCUGAAGGGUCUUAACAACCUGGUCCAGAUCAACCUUGCCAAGAACCAGCUAAGCAGCAUGCCUCUUGGCCUGCCGCCCACCACCACUCAGCUCUUCCUUGACGGUAACAACAUUGACAAAAUCCCCGUGGGCUACUUCAAGGGCUUGCCCAAGAUGGCUUUCCUCAGGCUCAACCACAACAAGCUCGGCAGCAGCGGUCUUCCGAGCAACGUGUUCAACAUCUCCAGCAUCCUGGACCUGCAGCUUUCUCAUAACCUCCUCACUGAGGUGCCCCUGAUCCCUCCAGGCCUCGAACAGCUGUACCUGGACCACAACAACAUUAAGAGUGUGAGUGGCUCCAACGUCUGCCCCGUUGACAUCAAUGCUGCGGAUGCUAACGACAGCGCUCCUCAACUGCGCUACCUCCGACUGGACGGCAACGACAUUGAGCCCCCGAUUCCGAGGGACGUCAUUCUGUGCUUCCGUCUUCUUAGGUCCAUUGUCAUCUAA